AGUCACAUGUGCUAACACUUGCCCCACAGUGAGCUUACUGGGUUAAUGAAAAAUAUAUAUAUAUAGCCUAUUUUUCUUGACGGAAUCGCUUUGCAUUCUUUUGAUCAAUGACACUGAAAUUCCGUAAACGAAUCGAAUCAUAAGCCAUCGGCGCGCAUUUAGACGUUCACACACACACGCAAACACGAGCGCGCUCGCACGCACCCAUACACACAGGAUUCCCCCCACCCCUAGAACAAGUCUCUGAUAUUAGAGGCUGCAGUUGUCGAACCAAAUUACACCCUUCUGCUGGUCGCUCCCGACUCCAGCUCUGGGCUCGUAUGUUCAUAAUUUUCCUCUUUACCCAACUAUCACCAUGGCUACAUCGGAUGGAAUAGAUGACAGCGUAGUGCAGCGAGGGAGAUCUCAAAGUGACCCGAGCGUCGUUACAGAAACUCGCAUCGUCUACGCCAACAGUACAGAUGUGAUGGACCAGCAGAGAGCGCUGCAUCCUGGCUGCCUGGUGACGGGGGUGCGCACCCCUCCAGUCCGCCGCAACAGCAAGCUGGCCAGCCUGGGCCGCAUCUUUAAGCCUUGGAAGUGGAGGAAAAAGAAGACAGAGAAGCUGAAGCAGAGCUCCACAGCUCUGGAGAAGAAGACGGCGGCGGCACGGCAACACCGAGACGAGCUCGCCCGCAAGGGUCUCGGAGAUCAAGGAGCAGAGUCUGCUUGUGGGGGGGACGGGGACGGGGACGAGGCGGGCAACCCCACUCAGGAGUUCUCAGACGCGGAGGAGCGAGAGGACGACCCCAUGGCACCGCUGGCCAGCACCGGAGACGACCUGGGCUCCGACGAGGACAACUCUUCCACAGUGCGGGACACCACAGAAGACAUUGAAACUUUAGGGGACCACAGCCAGAUUGAGGAAGACGAUGUGGAGGAAGCCCCUUUUGUUGAGGCGCCCAGUGUGAUCGCCACGGGAACCACUGAAGCCAGCGCAGAGAGGAAGGAGGAGAUCAGGGCAGAACCGCCUCAGGUCAAGAAGGACCCCUGCACCCCUCCGGCCCCCAGCCUCCCCGCUAAGCUGCUAACUAGACUGGGAAGUCUGGACGUAGGUUCCCCGUCCAAACCCGUGAAGCCUGCACCUGCCACCCUGCCUCGGAACUUCACCAUCACCAAAGACGGGUUCCACCGGAAGAUCCUCACCCCAACCGGCUCACCUCACCUGGGAGCCAUGCACCCUCAGCUGCCCCCUAGCUGCAUCAUAGAGGAACUGCAUCGCGCCCUCGCCACCAAGCAUCGCCGGGACAGUUUUCACGGGAAAGAGGUCCGCUUCUCGCCAAGGCGUCGCUCCGAUGUCCGCCUGGCCCGCACCUCCAGCACGGAGAAGGAACCUAGCGGAGAGGGCGAGAACAAGAAGGAGGCGGAAGAGAACAAGGAGAACAUGCGUAUAGAUGAGUUCUACAACGACCCGGACAGCUGGAACGACUCUGUGAUCUCUGGGACCCUGCCACGCCGGAUAAGGAAGGAGCUUCUGAACGUGAAGCUGCGUAACCGGCCCAGCAAGCAGGAGCUGGAGGAUCGGAACAUCUUCCCCCAGCGCAGCGACCAGGAGCGCCAGGAGAUCCGGCAGCAGAUUGAGAUGAAGCUGGCCAAGAGACUGAGCCAGAGACCGGCCGUUGAGGAGUUGGAGAGCCGGAAUAUCCUCAAACAGAGGAAUGACCAAACUGAACAGGAGGAGAGGAGGGAAAUUAAACAGAGGCUCAACAGAAAGUUGAACCAGAGGCCCACGGUCGACGAGCUGCGGGAAAGAAAGAUCCUCAUACGCUUCAGUGACUACGUGGAGGUGGCCAAAGCUCAGGACUAUGACAGGAGGGCAGACAAACCCUGGACCAGACUGUCUGCAGCAGACAAGGCAGCAAUACGCAAAGAGUUGAACGAGUUCAAGAGCAACGAGAUGGAGGUGCACGCAUCCAGCAGGCACCUGACAAGGUUUCACCGGCCAUAGUGAGGUUUUCUUCUGUGAAGAAACGUGGAAGCUGGAUACCCUGGUUGCGUCGAGAGAAGACCUCGCAAGGCUCCUUCCAGAGCAGUGGCCUUGUGGGCCACGAAGAAUUCUGGGAAUUUGUCCCCCUUUUUUUGUUGUUGUUUUCUUCGUUUUGAUUUCCUGGAAGAGGGCACGGUCAGUGAUUCUUAGAGGCUAUGUCUCUGGAGCUGGUGUCAUGAGCGAGGGGUCUCCGUCCGACGCGCCUGCGGCCCUGUCUCCUCGCCUGCAGAGGGGCUGGGAUACCCGCUGCUUUAAACGAGACUAUUUUGUAACAAGACUUUCACUCUUUCACUCUUUCUCCUUGUCUUUUUUUUUUCUGUUGUUUUUUAAAAGCUCACCUUUCAAUGCCAAGAUGGGAGUGGAGUGAGGUGGGGGUG